GCGUCCUCCCAGCUGCUGUCUGUCCGGCCGGCCGGCGUCCGUCUUCCCGGUACUCCUCCUCCUCUCUGCUCCGUGCAGAACACUAGUAAAACAAAUUGCUCCUUAUCUGUGGCUCUGCAGAGCACGCCUGCAGUGUGUUGGACAACUGGGAGCUGCAGGAAAAUGAGGAAGGAGGGCAGGCUGGUUCGUUGGGUCUGGUGGAUCGUGGUUGUGACAGCUUUGUUCUUCUUAGGCUUUACCAUCGGUUGGUUUGCCAAACCCUCAAAUGCAAACUCUGAAAAGCACCAAGAUUUGAACAAAAAUCUGAGGGAGUUCUUGGAGGAAAUGCAGACGGACCAGAUCAGAGAGCAUCUCAGGAAAUUUACUCGCCUCCCUCAUCUGGCUGGAACGGAGCAGAACCGAAAAUACGCGGAGCAGAUCCAGAACGAGUGGCUGGAGUUCGGGUUGGACUCGGCGGAGAUGGUGCCGUACGACAUCCUGCUGUCCUACCCCAACAAGUCCCAGCCAAACUACAUCUCUGUAGUGGACCAGCGUGGCGAGGAGAUUUUUAACACUUCUUUGGCUGAGCCGAUUCCACCAGGGUAUGAAGAUAUUCCAGACAUUGUGCCCCCAUACAGCGCUUUCUCUGCCAAAGGACAACCUGAGGGGGAUUUGGUUUAUGUGAACUACGGUCGAACAGAAGACUUCUUCCAGUUAGAGAGGGAGAUGAACGUCACUGUGACGGGGAAGAUCGUCAUUGUCAGAUACGGGAAAGUAUUUCGGGGUAAUAAAGUGAAAAACGCCAUGUUAGCUGGAGCAAAAGGGAUCAUUAUGUUCUCAGAUCCAGCUGAUUACUGGGCGGAUGGAGUCCAGCCGUACCCUAAGGGCUGGAACCUGCCUGGAGGAGGAGUUCAGAGAGGAAAUGUUCUGAACCUGAAUGGAGCAGGAGACCCCCUUACACCUGGAUACCCUGCUAAAGAAUACACCUAUAGAUUCAGCCCAGAAAAAGGAGUGGGACUUCCCAGCAUCCCUGUGCACCCGAUUGGCUUCCACGAUGCAAUUCAUCUGCUGAAGAACAUGGGAGGACAGAUUCCACCCAACAACUGGAAAGGAGCACUGAAUGUCUCCUACAGGAUCGGCCCAGGCUUCACUGAGAGCUUUAAGAGCCACAAAGUGCGUAUGAACAUCCACACUAAUAACCAGGUCACCAGGGUCUAUAACGUCAUUGGAAAGAUCAGGGGAGCUCUGGAGCCAGACAGAUAUGUGAUUCUGGGAGGUCACCGUGAUGCCUGGGUGUUUGGAGGAAUUGACCCCAUGUCUGGAGCUGCAGUGGUUCAUGAAACCGUGCGAAGCGCCGGCAGGCUGCUUAGAAAAGGAUGGAGACCGAGGAGGACUAUAAUAUUUGCCUCCUGGGAUGCAGAAGAGUUCGGCCUGCUGGGAUCUACAGAAUGGGCAGAGGAUAACGCCAGGCUGCUGCAGGAGAGAGCUGUGGCUUACAUCAACGCAGACUCUGCCAUAGAGGGGAUGUACACUCUGAGGGUUGACUGCACUCCAUCUCUGCACACCGUAGUGUACGACCUCACCAAGCAGAUAGCCAGUCCAGAGGAAGGAGAGGAGGGAGUUUCUCUCUAUGAGAGUUGGCACAAGAGGGACAACUGGACCAAUGAUCGAGAUGCACCCAGGAUCAGUAAACUUGGAUCAGGCAGUGAUUUCGAAGCAUAUUUCAUCAGACUGGGAAUUGCAGCAGGCCGAGCCAGAUACACCAAGAAUAAGAAAACAGAGCGAUACAGCAGCUACCCAGUCUAUCACAGCGUGUAUGAAACCUUCGAGCUCGUGCAGAAGUUUUACGACCCGACCUUCAAAAGGCUCCGAGUGGUGGCUCAGGUCAGGGCAGGACUCGUCUUCUUGUUGGCGGACUCCCAGCUGCUUCCUCUCGAUGUCAACGAGUACGCAGACUCGCUGAGGAAAUACGCACAGAGCAUCGCAGAGGUGGCACAGAGGAACCCUGAUCAAAUGGAGAUGUACAACGUGUCGUUUGAUUCCCUUUUUUCUGCCGUGCAGAACUUCACCUCCGCGGCCAGAGAUUUCAAUGAACGCCUACAAACUGUCAACAGAGAAGAUCCUUUACAAGUACGAAUCAUGAAUGAUCAACUCAUGUACCUCGAGAGAGCUUUUAUUGACCCUCUUGGCUUACCUGGAAGACCCUUUUAUAGACACGUGAUUUUUGCUCCCAGCAGUCAUAACAAAUACGCAGGCGAGUCUUUCCCCGGGAUCUACGAUGCGCUGUUUGACAUUGAGAACUCAGCUGAUCCACAGACGGCCUGGCAGGAAGUCAAGAGGCAAAUUAGCAUAGCAGCUUUUACAGUGCACGCUGCUGCCAUGACGCUGACGCCGCCUGCAUGAAACAAACUGAAGCGAUGACUUCUGUUUAUAACUGCAGGGUGGAGGUGGGGUUCUUCCAGACCUCAGUGAGUACUGAUGGAUUUGUCCUCACCAGCAAAAAUAGAUCUGUAAAUAUUAAAGAAUCUCUUUUUACCAUAAAAACAUGUAUAUCUGCUGUGGUUAUGUAUGAAGGAGCGUUAUAUGGUAACAAAAACUGAAACACAAAAAUUGUAAAGUAAUAAAGGAAAUAACAGGCAGAAGUUAACACACUCUGGUUCACUAAGUGAUAAAAAAAAUGUGAAAACAGAGUAAUUUGAAGUUAAUUCUCAUUUAUUUAUUUAGUUUUCUGUGUUCUUGAAUGCUUCUAACGUCUUUCUGAUUAAGCUGAUAAUGGUGGUCAGAAAUGUGAUGUGACAGAAGUUUUGGAGAUUUAGUGUUCCCAAACACUAAUCUUAACCCUCUUAGUAAAAACUAUGACCAGUUUAGUAGUCAGACUCAGACAGGACAACUAAAUGCAAAGCUUCACUGCAGCAACGUUUAUUAAUUAUCCUUAAAGCCACAGGAUGAUUCAGGUGUCACAGUCAUAGAUUGUUUUUUUUUCACAGAUAAUAAAUAAAAUGAGUCGAAGAGAAAAAUGAGAAGUCUCUGAUAUUCUGCAGAAGAUUGAUCUCUUCUGUUCAGAUGUGAUCAUUCAGCUCUCUUUAAAACUAACUCCAUUUCUGAAGCCACGGCCUCGACCACACUUUUGUUCACAGCUUGAUGCAGUAAUGAAAAACAUAUUAUUUUUCUUAAUCGUAAAUAUUUUUAUUUGUUUUAAUUUGAAAAUAACUCCUUUUAAUAUUUGCUUGACUUUAAUUAUUUUACAUUCUAAAACUUUCUUAUGGCGGUGAAGUGGAUGGAGCUGUUGCCAGCUCCCUGCAACCCAGUAAGAAGUGGGUCAAGAUAACAAAUGGAUGAAACUUUGUCUGUUUCCCCAAAAAUAAAUCAAUAAAAGAACACUUUCAAACAACUUUAUAUAUUUUUACUACCACAGGAGGGCACUGAAGUCCUGUACUUUAGACCCAGUCUGUCUUGAUAGAUGUUAUCAACCCAAAUAGCAGACAGACACGAGGACUUGAAUAAAAAUACUUUAAACUUUAAUCAGACACAGUCCUAAAAAAUGUUUUAAUUCCCCUGACAUUUAUCAAUAGAUUUUACUCUACAAUCAAGUCAAAUAUUUUUAUUUGUAUACCCAGUACUCCAAUAACAGUAGUUUUCUGCAAAUAUGUUUAUUUGUGAAUCACAAAACAAAUAUAUUUAAAAUAAAAUUAACUCCCUCCUCAUGAACUUGAUCUUCUGUUCAAACCCUCCACAUGUCCCUCUCAGACAUCAUCUAAUAGAUAUGAACAAAAGAAAAGAUUAAAUGUGGCUGCUGAGUUUAAAAUAACCUCUUCCACAUGAAAUCUAUUUAAAAAAACUUCAGUCUGGCAAAUGUAGGUUUGUCCAGGUAAAUUAUUUUGCAGUAGCUUUUAUUUGCAUGGCUGUAUGGGGAUAGAGUUAUUUUGCAUAGAUAAGAUGAUAACCUGACUUUCCAGUCAAACUUUCAUCACUCUCAUUUCCUGGAAAAAAAGAAAAAGAAAAAUAAGAUGAUGACAAACUUUUCAAAAGGGAUUUACUCCAUGAUUAUGAUGAUGUCACUUGAACCAUUUGUAAAUGGGAGAAAUGUAAAUGUAAUGAAGUUAGUGAGGAUCAAACUAAAAAACAAAUUUUCUUCUUUCUGACCCAAGGGUAGCAGUGUCUACUAGUGGUCUCUAGAACAAUUAAAGGCCUCACUUUCCUUGAAGGAACACACAUCACCUGCUGCCAAUAGGCUGUAGCACAAUCUUGAAAUUUGGUGAUCUCAUGCUAACGGUUAACACUCAGAAUAUGUUGUGACUUCCAGCUGCUACUACAUUAAAAUCAGCUAAAUAUUUGUAAGAUUAACUGAGUUAAGAUCAUUUUUAUGUUGGCUAAGGUCAAUUAGUUAAUUCCAGCAGUUGAUGGUUUUAAGCAGAAAUCAAUAUAAAAUGCUCAGAAUGUAUUGGAGCUGGUUCUCAGCUACCACUUCAAAGUUUUAACUAAUUUCCAUUAAACAGAUUGAAUUAUAGUCAUUUUUUCUGUUUUCUCAGCAUUUCCUGAGAGUUUGAGUAAAAUUGGCCCAAUGGUAUUUUGAAGAAAAAAAAUAAAGAUGCUUCAAGUUGUUCUGGAAAAGGUGUCACUAUUUCUGAGAUCAAAUCUAUAGUUUGACUCUGAAGUGAAUAUAUUUCCACUGGAUUAGCCUGGAUGUUUGAGCUACUUAUAUUUGAUCCAGUUGGAUUCUGUUCAAGCAUCCUGACCCCUAGAAUGUUUUAAUAGUUAACCUAAGUUGAGUUUAUGUGAUGAUGUGUUUAUGAUUACUGAUGACUCUACAAACUCUGUGAAUGAUUUUAAAUGCUUUUGGCUGACUAAAACCACAUAAGUUCCACUUAAUCUCUGUGAAAAGUGUCAAAUGUCAGAAACAGAGUAGACAACUUGUACAAACUGUCUUUUUUGUUAAACUGAUUAAAACUUUGACUUGGCAUUGACUUUAUAAAGAAAACAAUUUUAAAAAGCAUCAGAACAUUGCAAUGAUCUUUUUCUGUUUACAAGAACUUGUUCAGCUGGUGAUUAUUGUUGGUUUUCAUUGACGAACUUGAAGUAAUUCAUGCGUGAAUGUUCUGAAGUUAAAACUGUCUCCUGGGAAGUUCAUUUUAAAAUUAGUUUUCAGCAGGAACUCAGUUGUUCACUCUGAACAUUUAGUAUCUUUGAGUCUGUCCUUUUAAAAACAAAAUGACUUGUUCUUCAGAAAAGCAAACACGGUGAAUCCAUUGGGUGUUUAUUUGCAUAUCAAGAAAAACCAGUAAACAUCUGCAUAAAGUCCA